AUGCUACCACCCGCCGUCCGCGCACUCGUCCGCACCGUCCCCUCCGUCGCUCACGUCCCCCACAGGGCUGUCCUCUCCGUCACGGGCUCGCAGGCGGCCGAGUUCCUGAACGGCAUCCUGUCCUCGUCCAUCCCCGCACAUCCGCACAGCCAUUUCUACUCUGCGUUCUUGCACGCACAGGCAAGUGCCCGCCUGGUUCUCUAUGACACGUUCGUGUACUCGCAGCUGACCGCCAGCGGGAAGCAAGGCUACCUCAUCGAGUACGACCCUCGGCCGUCCGAGGCGCCCCCGCUAUUGCCGACGCUGAAGAAAUACGUGCUCCGGUCGAAAGUCAAGAUUCGGGACGUGUCGGAGGAGUACGACGUCUGGGCUGCAUGGGGGUCAGAAUCAACAAAGGUUUGGGAGACCCAGAGGAGAUGGCUGCACGCGAGCAGCGGCGCGAUAGAACCGGUAUGGGACAGUCAGGAUGACUGGCCCUGGGGCUCGCAACCUGGACUUUUGCGAGACAGGCGGGCCAUUGGUAUGGGUCAUCGAUUGCUCGUGAAGAAGGGCGACAGGCCACAAGAGACGUCCACCCACGAUACAGUCUCGGCAGAAGACUAUCUGCUGCAUCGUAUAGCACACGGGGUACCGGAGGGAAGCACGGAGAUUGUGCCAAUGCAUGCAUUCCCUAUGGAGUCUAACCUGGAUGUCAUGGGCGCACUCGACUUCAGGAAGGGAUGCUUCGUUGGACAAGAGUUGACAGUGCGGACAUAUCAUACCGGAAUCAUUCGGAAGCGCAUCCUCCCCGUACUCAUCGAGCCGUUUUCCGGCUCACCCACUCCAACCGCCGAGCUGCCCUCCUUCCCAUCAGACCUAGACAUCCGAGCCCAAAGGACAGAAGUUGACGACGGCCCACCCAGACCACGACCGCGAGGUACAGGCAAGCUACUCAGCUCCACGAAGAGCGUUGGCCUUGCGCUCCUGCGGCUCGAGCACGUCGCUGCUGUAGAGAACGGAAGCGCCGUGUUUGAGAUUGAGGUUGGCGAGGAGAAAAAGACAAAGUGGAAGGUCACGUCUUGGUGGCCAGAUUGGUGGCCGCAUAUGCCAGAGAGCCAGCAUUGA